AAAUGCUGGAUGAGUGAGUGGGGAGUGUUGAGGGGGGACUCCUGGGUGAUUUGGGUUAGUGCAAAAGAAGUUGUUCAUUUUCUGCCUGGCGUCAGAACACCUGUUAAAAAAUCAGCAGGCUCCAUAACUAGGGGACCCAUUGGUAUCGCUUGUUGGUGAAAGGCCAGGGAAGUCCCUAUUAGAAAACCUGCAGUCAAUAAACCAUGAUUAGCAGUGGGGGCAUUGGUGUUCAGGGUAUCAGAUGACCUCUAAGGGUCCUUCUCAACUCCUUUAUGAUUAAAAAACCCUUUUUUCGGAUAUUCAACGUUAGUUUGGCCCGUUCGGUCUUUUUAAAUGAUACCUGGAACCAAGCUAGCUGCUAUGUUUAAAAUAUUGGAAUAACAAGACUUGCAGAUGUUGGUGAAUGUUAUAUGCUUUACAGAAACCUGUUUCCACCCCACUGAGGAGGCCAGACAUGCUUGUACCAAACCAGAAUGUUUCACCCCCAGAUAUGUCAAGUUUGUCUCUAAAGAGUGACCAAGCUCUCCUUGGAGGCAUUUUUUAUUUUUUGAACAUUUUUAGCCAUGGCGAGCUACCUCCUCAUUGUGAACAGCGCUUUCUCCCUUGUGAAAUAGGCUGUGUUAAAUAUUCUCUCCAAGAAGGUAUUAUGGCAGAUUUCCACAGUUUUAUAAAUCCUGGUGAAAUUCCACGAGGAUUUCGGUUUCAUUGUCAGACUGCAAGUGAUUCUAGUCAUAAGAUUCCUAUUUCAAACUUUGAAUCUGGGCGUGAUCAAGCAAUUGUGUUACAAAAUCUUUAUAGAUUUAUCCAUCCAAGCCCAGGGAACUGGCCACCUGUCUACUGCAAGUCUGAUGAUAGAGCCAAAGUCAACUGGUGUUUGAAGCAUAUGGCGAAGGCAUCAGAAAUCAGGCAACAUCUAGAACUUCUCACUGUAGAGGAUCUUGUGGUGGGGAUCUACCACCAAAAAUUUCUCAAGGAGCCCUCUAAGACCUGGGUUCGGAGCCUCCUAGAUGUGGCCAUGUGGGAUUAUUCUAGCAACACAAGGUGCAAGUGGCAUGAAGAAAAUGAUAUUCUCUUCUGUGCGUUAGCUGUUUGCAAGAAAAUCGCGUACUGCAUCAGUAACUCUCUGGCCACUCUCUUUGGAAUCCAGCUCACAGAGGCCCAUGUGCCACUCCAGGAUUAUGAGGCCAGCAAUAGGGUAACACCCAAAAUGGUUGUCUUGGAUGCAGGGCGUUACCAGAAGCUAAGGGUUGAGAGUCCAGGAUUCUCUCAUUUCAACUCUUCUAAUCAGAAACAAAGAUCAAACACGCCCACUGGUGAUUAUCCAUGUGGGGUGAAAAUUUCUGGCCAAAACAGCAGUGUUCGGGGAAGAGGGAUUACCCGCUUCCUAGAGAGCAUCUCCAAUUCCUCCAGCAAUAUCCAUGGAUUCUCCAGCUGUGAGACUGCACUCUCACCUGAUGUGUCCCAAAAAGAUGGAUACAGAUCUUUCUCUUCUUUAUCUUAAUGGUGAUACUUUUUUCAAUUCUGAAAAUAUAAUGGGCCCAACUUCCCUUCUGACUACAGUCAUAUUAAACAGAUCACAUCAAUGAUAAAUGUCACUGCUGUAAAAACUGCUUAAUUUGCAAGGAAAUUCUGUUUCAUAGAUUAAAAAUAAUUGUGGUUGGAAAAUAUCUUGGCAUUUUUGCUUUUUUCUUGAGGGCUUCUUCUACUUCCUGACUAUAUGAUGGGAAUGCCAUUAAAGUUUUGAGUCCUAUAAGAACAAAACUGACAUUUACAGAGUUGUGCUUUUUGGGAAUGUU